CUAUGAUUUGUUGUUGUUAUUUAGAUAUGUAGAGAGCAUCACAUGAGAGUGUGCCCAUCUGAUUUGGUAGUAGCCAUGUUACGUCUAAAUUCUUCCGUAUUUUAUUAUAUGUAUUGUAUUACAUGCUAGUAAUAUCUAACAAAAAAAAAUGAAGUUAUUACAUUGUAUAAUUGCUUUAGUACUGUUUAAAAAUGGAUAUUGUUAUCCUUUAAUUUUUUCUAAGAGUGGGCCAAUUAAUGGACAAGUUUUGAGAUCAAGAACGAAUCGAUAUUAUUAUUCGUUUACAGGCAUUCCGUUUGCAAAACCUCCUAUUGGUGAACUUCGUUUUAAAUCACCAGAACCUGCAAAUCCAUGGAAAACGACAUUAGAUGCUUCUCAACCAACAAAAGUUUGUUUGCAACCAGCUAGUAAAUUCAAUACAGCUUUAAAUUUCACUGAGGGCGAUGAAGAUUGUCUUUAUCUCAACGUUUACACACCAACAUUUGUUCAAAAAUUACCGGUAAUGUUUUGGAUUCACGGUGGAUCAUUUACUUUUGGUCAGAGUGGUCCUGCUAUGUAUGGCUCUGAUUUUUUUAUGGACAAAGAUAUAGUUUUAGUAACAGCUAAUUACAGACUUGGUAUACUAGGUUUCAUUAGUACUGAAGAUGAUGUCAUACCUGGUAAUUUUGGAUUAAAAGAUCAGGUGUUAGCCUUGCGUUGGGUCAAGGAAAAUAUUGAGCAAUUUGGUGGUGAUCCAAAUCGUGUCACCAUUUUUGGACAAAGUGCUGGGAGUGUCAGUACAGGAUAUCAUUUUCUAUCACCUUUAAGUAAAGGAUUAUUUCAUAAAGCAAUUUUAGAAAGUGGUGCUCCAUUAGUCCCUUGGUCAGUUUCUGCUCCCGGAAUAGCACGUCAACGUGCUAAAAAAGUCGCAAACUUAGUUGGAUGUAAUAGCGAUAUAUCAAACGAUAUGCUAAAAUGUCUAAGAUCAAUUAAUGCCAGUAAUUUGGUAACACAGUAUUCUAAGUUUUAUGAGUUUGUUAAUAAUCCUGAGGUAGCAUUUCCUCCCACUGUCGAAAAUUGUGGCCCAAAUGCUUUCAUAUGUAUUAAUCCAUUAGUGGAAUUUAAACCCGUAACUCAAGUGCCUGUUAUAAUGGGGUUAAAUUCUGCUGAAGGUGGUGUUGGAAUCGCAAAUUUGUGUAAUGACACGGAGUUAUCGUAUCCAGAAUUUAUUACAGAUUUUAACCGAGUGAUAUCUAUUAUGUUAAUGUAUGAAAAUAUUGCUCUUUCAGAAGACAUAGAUAAUAUUGGAAAACAAUUAUUAUAUAAAUAUUUUCCAAAAGGAAUAAAUAAUCAAUCACUUUUAGAAGCAGUGCAACUGUUUGGAGAUGGAGUAAUUUUAUAUGGUGUUAUGGACAUGGUUGCUAAAUUAAAUUCUUCAGUUUAUUUUUAUUUAUUUGAUCAUCAAAAUGAAUUUUCGUUUAAUACGCAAUUUGGUCCAUGUAAAAAAUAUCUGGGAGUUACUCAUGAAGAUGAAGUUACACUUUUGUUUCGAACAUCAUUUUAUAAAAAUCGAACUUUAAAUGAUGAUGACACUAAAGUUUCUAAAACUAUGAUCAAUAUUUGGACAAGAUUUGCUUCAACUGAUAUACCUACUAUUGAUGGUCAAUCAAAUGGAAAGUCUUGGCCAAAGUUUACAACCAUGGAAGACUCUUUAAUUUUACUGAUAAAUUCUUCUCGACCAAAAAUUAUAAAAAAUCCGUUAGUAGAAAAAUACAGAUUUUGGCAGAAACUUCCACAUAUUUCUCACUUGGGUUAUAUCAAUUAUACUUUUAAUAGAUAUUUUUAAAUAAAUAUUACAUCAAUGAUUUUAAAAUAUAA